AUGCUGGAAGUUCGCAUCCCGUCGGUGGGGCCCGAGGCCGAGGGGACCCGGCAGAGCCCCGAGAAAGGCCACAUGGUGUUCCGAGUGGAGGUGCUGUGCCACGGGCGCAGACACACCGUGCAGAGGCGCUACAGCGAGUUCCACGCGCUGCACAAACGGAUCAAGAAACUGUACAAAGUGCCCGACUUCCCUUCGAAACGCCUGCCCAACUGGAGGACCAGAGGACUGGAGCAGCGGCGGCGGAGCUUGGAGGCCUAUAUCCAGGGCAUCCUAUACUUGAACCAGGAUGUGCCCAAGGAACUACUGGAAUUCCUGAGUCUUCGCCACUUGCCCAUAGUCCCCAAGGCCAGCAGCUGGGGCACCCUGGGGGAGUUCCUGCCAGGCAACAGCAACUCACAGCUGUACCACCGGCCUGUUAUCAGCUUCUGCAUGGAUCCUUAUAUUUGCAUCCCAUCCCCAGAGCCUCUGCCCAACGUUGUGGUGAACGGUGUGCUCCAGGGCCUCUAUGGCUUCAGUGCCAGCACAGCUAAAGCCCAGCCAGAGGCUGCCUGUCACCCUGCUCCAGUGCCGAUGCCCUGACCAGUCCAGAGGGCUUUAGGCCACCUGCCAGGACAGUCAUGUACCUCAGUCCUAUGAAAGGGACAUGGGCUGGGUCAGCCUUGGCCUGGACCCUGGACUCACCACCCUCCACCCCUCCAGGCUCAGAACUCAGCUGCACUGGUGUCUGAGGUGGUAGGAUCCUGCACUCCUAGAGCCCAGGGGCCCGGGUGGGCACAACAGAGGAUAGGGAAUAAAGGGAGAAUUCCUUUAGAAUGUUCAUAGCCCACCAGUCUGGAGGUGGGCUAUGAAAAGGUGCAGGUGUAUUCCUUUACCUACAUCAGCAGAAACACAUGGUGUGGACAUGCAAAGGUUGAGGCACAGUGGCUAGCCAAGUUCAGAAGCAAGGGGCAAAAGCCCCUGCUUGACAUUUUGUGCGUAGCACAUUUUUCUGUGAAUGUCCAGAUCUGUUUCCCCCUGCCCUCCCAGACUUGUGUGGCCAGUUGGAAAUAUCUGGUUUGUGUUCAUCUCUCCCUCAUU